UUUACCAUCAAUCAAACUUUGCACCAAACAAUUAAUGAUAAUGGAAAUGGCACAAACAAAACGAUUCAAUGCAAUGUAAAGUCCUUAUUCAUUCUUUGCGGUCAAUCUAGGGCUUAUUACAAUAAGUGAAAGCGUCAGAAAGUUCCCGCUGCUAUUUUUCUCGGCGUUCAGCCGCUUGUUUGAUCAGAAAUAUCCGAAUGGUGAGAAGUUGGACUUUGAAUCAUUGGACUCCGUACAAGUUAUCUAUUUUAUUUUAAUUAAAUGUACUCGCGGAUCCAUUCAAAAACAAUCAUAGGUGCAAUAAAGACAACACGGUUGCGGUGUGCUCAAAACCAGUGCGAGUGUUAAUUAACCCACCUUCAAGAUUUUUCACUAUUUUCCAAGGUAGCACACCUAUUUUUACCGGGGAAUAAAUAUGUCGCGUUUAAUUUUAAAAAGUGGUGCAUCCUUCGCGCAAACCUUCCAAAAUUGUGGAUUCCUGUCCGUUUUUCCGACCAACUUCGGGGCCCAAAAACUGAAACUGCGUGAGCAGAGGCGAUUUAUGAGUGCUGGAAUCGUCCAGUCGCCUCUGGGACCAAGCAAAAAAAUACCAAACGAAAACCUCGUCGAGUACAUUUACAAAAAUAACGACAAAUGGAUCGAGGAACCCGCCAUGACUUGUGGCGUUUCCGGGCGAAGCUACACCUACGGAAUGCUCCGGAUGCUGAUCAACAGAUGUGCCCAGGCCCUUUUGGGCCACUGCGGCAUGAAACCGCGAGAAGUCGUCGGUUUGCUUCUACCAAACAUUCCCGAAUACGCCGUAGUGUGUCAUGGGGCCAUCGAGGCCGGACUUGUGGUCACUUUUGUCAACCCUUUAUACACUCCUGAUGAAAUCAAACGCCAGUUUGAGAAUGCCGGAGUCAAGAUGAUUGUUACAGUGCCUCAAUUGCUAGAGGUGGCGUUAACAAUAGCCCCACAAUUGCAAGAGUAUCGAACUACGAUUUGUAUCGGAGGAGAGGACGAUCCCUCGAAGAACGUUAACGGGCUUCAGAGCAUGUUAAUGGCGGGGCAUGAAGCCGAACUUCCCGGGAUUAAUCCCAGAGAGAUUGCCAUUUUGCCGUAUUCGAGUGGCACGACGGGAUUGCCGAAGGGAGUAAUGCUCUCGCAUUAUAAUUUAGUGGCGAAUUUGGUGCAAGGGGAACACCCGGCUAUGGAGGACUUGGAAACUAAAGAUGGUAAAAGGCACACCAUGCUAACAGUCCUCCCCUUCUUCCACAUUUACGGCUUCAAUGGAAUUUUGAACUUGUGCCUCAAAAACGGCGCUCACAUCAUCACCAUUCCACGGUUUACUCCCGAAGAUUACCUCAAAACCCUCGUCGAAUACAAACCGAGCUUUAUUUUCGUCGUUCCUUCCCUGCUCUUGUUCCUGGCCUCGCAUCCUGCCGUCACCAAGGAACACUUGAGUUCUAUUGAAGCCGUCCAGUCAGGAGCGGCCCCCUUGACUGAAGGUCUCUUGCAAAAAUUCAGACAGAAGGUGGGAAGAGACGAUAUUCUGAUAAGACAAGGUUACGGCAUGACGGAGAGUUCGCCGGUUACUUUCUGUAUGCCUAAGUUGACGCCACCGUCGAAAAUUGCAACGAUUGGACUUCCUUAUCCCGGGACGGAAGCAAAAGUUAUUAGUUUGUCGAAUGGGGAACCGCAGGGGACACACAAGUCGGGUGAAUUGCUAGUGAGGGGGCCACAGAUUAUGAUGGGGUACUUGAACAACGAACAAGCCACUGCGGAGACUGUCGAUGCGGAAGGGUGGCUCCAUACAGGGGAUGUGGCCUAUUACGACGAAGAUUUCUACUUUUAUAUUGUCGAUAGGUGCAAGGAACUCAUCAAAGUCAAGGGCAAUCAAGUGUCGCCCACCGAGCUUGAAAAUCUGCUCCUGGAGAUGCCCGGAGUGGCCGAUUGUGCUGUUGUGGGUAUUCCGGACGCUUUGGCCGGUGAAGUGCCCCGAGCUUUCGUCGUGCGCCAACCCGGGAGCAGCCUGAGUGAAGACGACAUCCUACUUUACAUAAACCCCAAAGUGGCCCAUUACAAAAAAAUCGCCGGCGGUGUUAAAUUCGUCGAGUCGAUCCCAAGGAACCCCAGCGGCAAAAUCCUGAGAAACGAACUUAAAAUAAACGCUUAAAAUUCAUAAUUGUAAGAGAAAAAUACCUUGUAAGUUUUAUUUUGUACAUAGCUUUAACGUGGCUUAUGAAUAUGAUAUACUCUGUUUAUCUUUUAUAAUACCGAAUUGUUUGUAAAUAUAUUAUUUGUUAUGUA